CAUGGGCAACGAAGGUAGCAAGGGCCUGGUAAUUGACAAAAAUGCUGUGGAGGCCAAUGAUUUUUGGGCUCUAUAUAAUGCAUCAACUGCACCCACAAACAAUGGUGGUGUGGCGGGCAGUGAGGAUGAAACGCGUUAUCUCUCCGUGUUUCAAGGAGAGCCUGUGGUGACAGGGCAAUUGUGGGUAUCACAGGGUCCCAUGGAGAGGGCCAUAAAGAAUCAAAUGAUCUACAGACAUCCGUAUAUUCUGAAAUAUGUCAGCAAUUGGGAGCAGGGUGGCCAAAAGCACUUGGCCACCGAACGAGUACGUCCUUUGAAUUCUGUUCUAAAUCAACAAUCUGAUAUACAAAUAUGUUUGGGCCUACGUACCAUAUUGUGCAGUUUAAUAUUUCUCGUCGAGAAGGCAAUGGCCCGCCAUUUGAAUAUAUGCACAGAUUCCAUCUAUGUCACCGACUCGGGCAGUUGGCGUUUAGCCGGCUUUGAGUAUGUGUGGAAACAAAAGGAAGUUACUAAAACCCUACUGGACUAUGCCAAGGCAUAUCGUUAUCAAGCCGCCCUCGAUCCUGAUGAAUCGAAGGAGGAAAAUAUGAAUGCAAUUGAACAAUUUGCUUUCGCCACACUCUGUGAAGAGAUUCUAACAAAACAGUUUGAAAGUCAUAAAUAUUCAAAUUCAACACCUAUACCACACGUGCAAGACUUCAAAGAUUAUUGUGCUACCCAUCUAAAACAUAAAAAUGUCCAAAUGAGACCGAAAUUAUCGGCCGUCUUGUUGCAUCCAUAUUUCAAUCAUGAAUUCGUGCUAAUUCAUGCCUUCCUCUUUGAGCUGCCGUUAAAGAAUAAUAACGAGAAACAGGAUUUCUUUACGGGGCUGAUAGAUCGUCUGCGCUAUUUUGAUGAGGAAAUUGUGGGUGCUCAAUUCGCUGGUGACCUCUUGUCACGCAUGGUUUUGUUGGAUACCACCGCCCAGCUGUGUGUUACACCCUAUGUUUUGCGUACGAAAACCGAUCAUUCUUCGGCUUUAUUCUCGGGCAGUACCUACUGUAAAUAUUUAAUGCCACACAUUUUGAAAAUGUUCCGUUUGAAAGAUGCCCAAAUUCGUUUAAUUCUACUGGAAUAUUUUAUGGAAUUUGUACGUCUGCUGAGUAAAGAAGAUUUGGAGGUGAAUAUUUUACCACAUCUGGUUGUGGGUAUGCAAGACACUAAUGAUGUUUUGGUGGCUAAGACAUUAAGAUGUAUGGCUGAUUUGGUGCCAAUACUGGGUGCCGCCGCCGUCUUGGGAAGUCAGAGGACACGUUUGUUUUCUGAUGGCCGGCCACAGGCAGCAAUAUCAGCCUCUCAUUGGGUUGAACCGCGUUCAAUAACACCGGUACUAGGCGAGGGCGGUGACUGUCCAAUUAUGGUCUCAGGUAGUCCCAUUCCUGAUAAUUGUAAUUCGCUAAGUAAAAGCAAUAGCUAUUCAUCGUUAUCGCAAGCCGCCAUAUCGGAUACUUAUGAACAUAAUAUGCCACCACGUCUAAGUCCAGAUGGUGGUGAAGAUGUUAAGUCGGCCAUAAUACAAGAUAACAAAGAGUUGCAGGACGGUGAUGAUGAUGACGAAGCUGAUGUUAAAGUAGAAAAAGUUUCCAAAGAAGAGGAAAAUACCAAUUUCAGCAAAGAUCCCAAAGUGCGCGAAGUAGAAAAGCAACAUGCUGUCAAUGAAAACCUCGAUGCUGAUGAUGACGAUGAUGCCUGGUCUGAUUGGGAAAAUGACGAAGAAGUCGAACAAACCCUUACCAGUGGCAUGGAAAACCAAUUGGCAAACAUUUCAACAAACAAAUUACAACAACUAUCCUCAUCUGCAAAUACAACAUCUGCCUCAUCGUCCUACAAUACAUUAACUUCCCAGACAUCUUCAAGUAAUUCAUUUAAGACAACCCAAUCAAAUAAUAAUUCCUCCUCUACACAUUCCUCUCUAGCGAAGGUGAACACCACAUCUAUUACCGAUGAUUUAUCUUGCCUCGAUAUACAAGUACAAAAAACUCUGGCGACGGGCAAUACAGAAAAUUCGGAAGAUUUUGAUUUCUUCAAAGAUAUGGAACCCGUUAUCAUUGCAAGUCAAAAACCCCUACAAGCUGUUUCUCCGCCCACAACAUACAAAUGGUUAGAAGAAACGGAAGAAAAUAUUAAAGUUGACUCGUCGAGAUUUGUUGCAACCGAUGUGGGUGCAGGUAAUGAUGAUGACAGUGGUUGGCAAAUCGAUGACGAUGAUGAUGUCGAUAUUGAGGGCAGAUUACAUGAUUUAGUUUCAACUAACAAGUCAUCAUCAUCAUCGGCAGCAUCCUCAUCGUGA